AUGGUGACGACAUCCAAGCCUCCAACCAUCACUGAGGCCAUUGAUUUGAGUGUGGCAUUGACGGAAGAAGCGAUUAGGCUGAACAAGUUCUCGACAUCUGUUGUAAAGAAGAAAGAGACUCAUGUCGAGUCGUCAGGAGAGAACAAGAGAAAGUUCUCCAACUUCAAGAAAGGUACCCAGGGAAGCAGCAGUGGUACUAACAAGAAAAGAGAUGCUAACCUACCAGUUGAGGUCAGGACUGGUGCUACAAGUUCGGAGAACAAAGGGAAAGGAUGCAUGGGCACCCUGCCCAAGUGUGAUAUUUGUCAGCAUCAUCACACGGGGCGAUGUAGGUAUGGGAAAUGGGAGAACUGUGGUAAGGUAGGGCAUGCCAGAGAGGCGUGCUGGUAUGGUGCUGGACGAAGAAAUGGAGGAUCUGGUGGAAAUGGUAAUGGAAACCAUGCUGGAAACGGUAAUGGAAAUCAGACUGGGAACCGCAAUCAGGGAGGAAUUGGAAAUUCCGCUGGAAAUGGAAAUCGUGGUGGUUCUGGAAAUCAAGCUGGGAACGGAAACCGUGGAGCGACCAACAACCAGUGCGGAAAUGGAAAUGGAAAUGGAAACGGUAAUGGCCGAGUCUUCAACAUUGGAGCUAGGGAAGCUCAUCAAGAUCCGAACGUAGUCACUGGUACGAUCCCUAUCAACCAACAUUUUGCAUCUGUGUUAUUCGAUACCGGUGCCGAUUAUAGCUUCGUGUAA